AUGGAGCUGCUGACGAGUGUCUUUCAGCGCCAUCCACCCGCACUACGUUUGCAUCGCGAGCUCACUAUCGCUCUCGCCGAUGGCGACUCCGCUCGUGCGGCGGAUUUGGCCAGCGUGCUCGCCACCACUGUCCAGCGCGUCGUGGCAGCGGAGGCGGAUUCGAGCGACGCUGCGACGCCACCUGAAGGGCACGCGAAUACAGGGCACUUCUCCCAGCGCGACAUCCCUGUGGCUGGUCUCGAGGAUGUGGAAGAGGCAGUGGAAAAGACACGCCAGACACUCCUUCGUGAGGCGACGGUGCGCGUCAGCAGUGGCGUGGCUAGAGACACGGGCGGCAGUGCUAUCUCCUCUGAGCCCGCGGCUGCGGAGCGGUCACUUCCUUUUUGGCGCGAUCCGGAGCGGCUGUGUGUCACCAUCUUGGAGUCCAUGUUUGAGACUGAGGUGCUCGGUGGCGAGUCUCAGGACACGCUAACGGCGGCUGGCAACCGGGCAGCGGAGCACGAAGCGGAACAGGUGCGCAUACUCGACGCCUACUUGGACAAGGAGGGCGCACGCUGGAACGCGCAGAAGGCGGCGAUUGCGAAGAUCGUUCUCGACGUGACACGCUCCUUGGGGCUCACCCCAGAAGACUUGCAAGCGUUCGAGGGCAUCUCCGCCUCUGCGGGUGCUGGUGCGGCUGCGGCGGCGGGCGAGCGGAAACUGAACGUGCUGCGUCACAGCAACCUUGUCAUUCGCGGUGAGAUGCCGUCUGCGCCGCUCUCUAGCACUGCUUCGGAGUGUGUUGCCGAGGGUGUAGAGACAGAGCUGCGGGCGCUAGAAGAACGGAUGUCGUCUCUUGGACAACCGCUGACACCGUGGGAGGUGCGCAUGGCACGUUACGAGCUUCAGAUGAGCAAGUCGAAAAUGCGGUACGUCGUCGGGGUGCACAAGGAGCUGCAGCUCGCCCUCGACCACAGCGCCGCGCUGCGGGCAUCACUGAGAGAGAAAAGUACCGCAGAGGUUACCUUCACCACGGGCACUGAGGUGUUCAUGGCGGAGGUGAUUCGCGCUCUGAACGAAGGAGCCGAUGCAUACAGUGCGAAUGUCACGGCAGAGGGUGCGCAGCUGACGGUGAGCAACGUGAAAGCGCGAGAGGCUGUGGAGUCACCGGUGCUCCCCUUCACUUUCAUGCUCAAGGGCUCUCUGUGGUUCACCACUGCACCAUCACGUCCACCUUCUUCCUCCUCCGACUAG